GUGACGCAAAUGUUCAUAACGUUGUCAACAACAAAGGAAGAUGAAUUAAUGAAGUUUUAAACUCGCUUUUCCGCUUCAUGUUCAGUCAUGGCCGCUUCUUUCUGUGGAUUUUCACUCCCCGCUGCGGUGACAACAACCUUACAUGUGCAUUUGAAGGAGAAAAUGAACGGUAAGCUUUGUCGGCUUUGUAACUGACACACAUUAACCCGGUGAAACACUCGGUUAGCUAACACAACGUGAGGGCUAACGUCAGUUAGCUACCUGAAACAGUAAAAGAACUACAGACUGGGUGUUUGUAGUUGAUAGAUGUGCACAUAGAUGUAUUAAACACCUACUGUCAGAGGUACAUGUUGUGUUAUUCUUUAGUAAAGGUGUUUAGAGGGACAAACUGCAGCCGCACUGUGCUAAGCUAACCAGGCAGAGCAUCAUUGAGGUUAGCUCGUCUGUCCUCCUGAUAUCUGAUCAUGUCUGACUACACCCAGCUGCCAUCUAUCUCCUUCUCAUGUUUGUGUUUAAUUAGCUGAAAACCUCCUACAAAUCUGAAGAAUAGUCAUCUGUUAUUGGUGAAUAUCAGGCUGUGUGUAUGAAGAGGUUUUGUCUGGACACAGUUUUGUCUGUCUGUGAUUUUAAUAUGCUGUUUAAUUUCUUGUUUUCUUAAAUAGGUUAAAUCAUAAGCUGUGAACUGCAGAGGUAGAAGGUCUGCUCACUUAUAAAAUGGUAAGGCUUUCAUUUACAAAGAGCAUCAUUACAUUAUAUAGGGGAGAGUGGGUAAAGAUGAGACAUUUUUCAUAUUUCUGAUCACUACAUCAAGUCAAUCAUAGUUUACUCUCUAACUAGUGUAUCUGCAUAUAUUUCAGGAUGUUGUUCAUCCCCGCAAACCAACAGAAUGAGUGUAAACAGAACUGUCUUGAUAAUACAGAAUGCCAAAAAAAAGUAGUCUGUUAUGGUCAACUUACCCCGUGUAUGGGGUAAGUUGAUGCCCAUCUUCUAAAUAUUUGGUCACAUGAUCAAUUUCUUUGACCAUUUACAAGAAACAGGGAGUGGCUCAACUUACCCCACUCUCCCCUAUGCUGUUUCAUAUUCUUCCACAACAGUUUUAUCACCUUGAUUUUUUUUUUCGCUCAAACAGGUUAAAUCAUAAGCUGUUAACUGCAGAGAUAGCUGCACUGCUCACUUAUUAAAAUGGUAAGGCUUUCAUUUACAAAGUGCAUCAUUAGUUGUUAUUUUUCAUCAGUAAACCUUCUUUUAAACCUUCUAAUUCUCUGUUUGUAUUGUGUGUUGGUCCUCCAGAUCCGUAUAGCAGCACUAAAUGCUGCUUCAACAGCUACAGAUGAGUCUCAGGAUCCCCAGAGAACUAACAAGAGUCAGACGAAAGAGGCUCAGGUGCGGACGAUUCCAGGAUGAUUCAGCAGUUCUGGGCAUGUUCACCGCAAAUGUAUCCUGCUGUAGAUCUGAAUAAGUGGUCUGAUGUGUUCUUUAUUUCUAUCCACAGGAAGCGGAGGCAUUUGCAUUAUAUCACAAAGCUUUAGAUCUGCAGAAACAUGACAAGUUUGAAGACUCUGCCAAAGCCUAUCAUGAACUCCUCAAAACACCUCUGCUCAAAGAGGUAAAGUAUCAAACCGAGGCAGCCUGUCGCAGCUGUCGAGAAAUCUUUGGUAAUAUAGCUGAACAAAGAACCCAGAACACUGUGUAUCUGACUGAUAUAUGUUACAUAAUCGUAACAAUACAUCCCAUUUAUGCAGAGAAGAUUGUGGCUUUCUCUGACUUGGACUUGGUUCUGUAUGUUUACCAGACACAGCUGGGAUCCAAUGACAGAAUGACAGGGUGUUUGAUUAUUAUCAGGUGUUAUUAUUAUUUAGAAAACAUCUUAAUGUCUUGCGUGUAGUUAGGGUAGUUAGGCUUUUCUUAUGCAGAACAAUUCUCCUUUUUACCAGUAAAUGUGUCUAAACUUUGAACAUACAAAAAAGUUUUUGUAUAAAUGUUUUUGAGUUAACUUUGUGGGUUAAAAAUUUAAUUAAAAAAUGUGUUUCCAAACAGCCAGAGUAGAGAUUGUAACAUUUAUAUUGUAUCUUAGUCUUUUGUGCAUUUAUGUUACUGAACAUUCCCACGUCUGGAGUGCAAUUGCAAUCGGAUUAAUUAUGCAGCACUAUCAUCUACAGACUUAAUUAAUGAGGCAAAGUCUCAGUUUUGAGAAAUAUAUUCAAGUUUUGGGAUUUCCACUUCAAAUCUUGCCCGGUAAUAACACAAACACUGCCCACACACACAGGAGAAGAAGAAUAUGUCUGCAUCACUUGGUGUUUGAUAUGAAAUCUGAUGUGUUUUUUUAGGCUUUGCCCACCGAUGAUCAGAGAGUGGGUCUCAAGCAUCCCGGGCUGAUGUUGAAAUAUUCCACGUUUAAAAACUUGGCAAGUAUGUCCGCCUCCCGGGAUGAUCUGGAGACUGCUAUGGAGUUUUAUCUGGAGGUAAAAAAAGAAAUGAUGCCAGUUUGAUUUUCUUUCUCGACCUUGUACUUCUCUUUGUAACUGAAUGUGUCUUUUCAUUCAGCGUGUCUGACAGUUUAUCGGGUGGUUAUUAUAUCACACUGAGUGUUCUGCUCUGUUCUUUUCUUAGGCGGUUAUGUUGGACUCCACUGACGUGAACAUGUGGUACAAGAUCGGUCAGGUGGCCGUGCGACUGGUGCGCAUUCCUCUGGCUCGACACGCCUUUGAAGAAGGACUGAACUGUAAUCCAGACCACUGGCCCUGCCUGGACAACCUCAUCACCAUCCUCUACACACUCAGUGACUACACCUGUAUGUCAUCGUAAGCCGUCUGCUCUGUAUCCUCUCUCAUCGCUGCAGUAUACGAGGAGCAUUAACUGUCAUCUGCUCACAUCUUUCCAGGCUGUUUGUACUACAUUGCCAAAGCUCUGGGGAGGGAUCACUGUUACACUAAAGGUCUGGUGUUGAAGGAGAAAAUCUUCAAGGAGCAACCCUGUCUGAAGAGAGACACGAUGCAGAUGUUCAUGAAAUGGUGAAGCCACUUCUAUUUUUAUUCCUCCCUGCAGCUCUUCACUCACACAUCACUGACAAACCUCUGUGCUCUGGUGUUUGCAGCGAUAUGUCUAUUCACUAUGUGGAAGUGGAGAAAGAGGAAUGGGACUCCAUCGUGGAGGAGGCGAUGGACAUACGAAGGCGCAGACAGGCGCUCUCUCAAUGUGAACCCAAACCUGACCUGGUCCUGACUCAGCCCAUCUGCUGCCUCUCGUGAGUUCCAUGUGUCUUGGACAUGUUUAUAUCUUUUAAAAGUGUCGUUUAAAGGAGUUAUUAACUUUAAAAAUCUAAACCACAGAGUGUUUUCAAAUAUCUGAGCAUAUUUUGGUGACAUCUUUGAGGAUAGAUUCAUUAACCCACCCACCGAUCUUUCAUUCAAAGUAAGAAAAUGAAGGAGCUGGAUGUGAUUCUCUGAAAUUCUGGGAUAAAAUCCACUGACAUUCAAACAGAACCUUUCUAGGCUCAGUUUUUUAACCUUCUGGCUCUGAUCCUCUAUUUUCAUUAACAUUGGCACUUCUUAUUUUAACGAGGGUGUUUUUGUUUAUUUCAGAUGGAAGAGUUUGGGCGAGAGCCUCCUCGCCAUGUACAAACAUCAAACCUCAUGCGAGCCCCCGCGCCCCAGUCUUGGACGUAGAAUCGACUUGUCAGAGUACCGUGACCCAAACUUCCUCCAGAACCUUCCUCAACCCAGCAGCCCAGUCAGUACAGUUCAGACCACCGUGAUGAGCAGCAGUCCCAGCUCGUCCCUGCCGCCGAUGGCCCUCCCUGAGCCACCAGCGCCGCCCCAACCUGUAAUCCAACCUCAGGUCACCCCCAGUCAGACCACAGUGGAAAUCACCACCUCUGCACCUCCCGUUGGUACGCUGUUGAGAAAGAGAAAGUAGCAUGUAUGCCUCUGUAUAUCUGUAAAACUCAUGUUCUGAGAGACUUUCAGUGUUUGUUAUUUUUGUCUUAUUUAACAGCUACAGCCAUGGAAGUUUCACUGACAGAUAAAGUAAAAAAAGCUCCAAAAAGGAAACGGGUGGUGGAAGAUAGCGGCGAAACAGCCAAACGCCGAUCUGCACGUGUUCGAAACACAAAAUGCAAGAAGGAAGAGAAGAUAGAUUUUCAGGAGCUGCUGUAUAAAUACUUACCGUCCAGGUAUCUCGUUGUAAACUGUAAAUAAAAUGCCAAAAGAGCCGUGUCAUUCUAGAUCUGUUGAUAAAAGUGAUUUGUUUGUUUGUUUCAGGCUGAGGAAGUUUGACCCUGAUAAUGAUGAGGAGAGUCUGAGUAAUCUGGAGGCGCAGUGUGAAGGGAAGGAGGACAUACAGCCUCUGCAUGGGAGCGGUUUACCUGUCAACUCGGUUGUUUAUAUGGAAUCAGGUCGGUAGUUUGUUUUGGACGUAUUUGCAAAACAGUGUCGCGUCAUAUUUCUACCAUAUUCAAAAACUGCCCUCUCUUUCUGCAGAACAACAGGACGUCCACGCCUUCCUGCUCAAUAAUGUGUCCAACGGAGGAAUACUGGACCUGAUGAUGCGCUACCUGAAAGCUGUGGGUCAGAAGUUCCUGGAGGAGUGGCCUCGAGGCCUGACCGCUGUGGUCCUGGAGGUCUAUCAGAACUGGAGGAAACACAGCUGCGGUCUUCCUAACCCUCUUCUUCGAGAGUGCAGCAACCAACACAUCCGGGUAAAUGAGCGAGAAGGUUCAGUUCUAGAUUACAGAAAAAGAAUACGUUGUCGUAAACUACUUCUCAUUUUCAUGAUGACAUUUUCUUCUGAUUUGCUUCAUGUACAGGACAUGUUGGCGAUGAGCUUAGCCUGUAUGGAGUUGCAGUUGGAGCAGAGGUUACACAACAAAGGGAAGACAGGUAAACGCCAGUGUGGACUUCAUUUUUAAAAACCUAAUGUCUGGUUAAACUUGGUCGAUUGAUACGUUUAUGUGUGCUGUUUCCCACAAAGGUGCUCUAUUAAUGUGUCAAAAAUCUUAUUCAACCAGCGCUGACUGUGAAUUAGAGCUGAAAAUGUUCAACACUAACGUUGUCCUUUUGUCCUUUAGCUGUAGGGGAUACCGGCCUAAAGGGGGCGCUGUAACACACAGAAAUUACGGAGCGUUUGCGUGUCAUCGAUUUUAUCUGAAACAACAUUUUUUUCUCGUCUAGUGUCCCCGAGAAGAAGCAGCAUCGGCCCCAACAAUGACGCCCCUGAGUCUGAAUUCCCCGGGCAACACUUCCAGGGUGAUCUCUUCAUCCUGGCUUUGGGUUCAUCCCAGAAAGACAUCUUUGAGGACGCCUGGGUGGAUGUCAUGGUGCGGGUCUACUGGCUGAAGGCCCGGUUCUUGGCCCUGCAGGUAGGGACUCUCCAUUUACCUGUUUUUUUUUUUUUUCUUUGGCUCAAGUUUUAAUUGUAAGCCGUUUCAGCUCGGCUUAGCCAGAUGUAAAUUGUAGGUCUUUUGUUCUUGUCUUUUGUUAGGGAGACAUGGAGUCGGCCCAGGAGAGCUACGAUGUUUGUAUCAGCCUGCUACAAAGCAAACCAAAGACUUCAGAGGGAAAACCAUACGCUAUAAACCUGCCAAACCUAAAAGUGGACGCAACGAUCUCUUUGGAGGAGGUGAGCAUGUCGUCCUUUCUUUAAUCUGUUUUUAAUGUUUAUUUAGGAUAAGGAAUUAUUAACUUAGCUCUCAAAAAUCAGCACUACUGAAAAGAAAAUGACUGAAAAGAGAAAACAACUUUGUGGGUGAGUUAUUCAAAGGGCUUCUGUCGGCUCUGAUUGUGUAUUUCUUCUCUGUUCCAUUCAUUUCUUCUGAACAGAUUGACAAAAGGCUGAAGUCUCUGGAGCGCUGUCAGUCCUUGGAGGAGAUCCAGCGUCUCUUUGAAUCUGCAGACUAUAAGUCUGUGGUGCGUCUGCUGCAACCCACUCUUAAUUAUGGCAGCAGAAGUAAACCUCUGGAGUUUGUGAGCUCAGCACCCGAGCGGCCGGCUCAGCUCUUGCUGCUGCAGGUUAGAUCUGCCUACAACAGUCCCGAUCCUUCCAUCUUUUUCAAAUGUGAAACGGUGGACCUUUCUAACUCUCUGACUUUUAACUUUGUGGUCCCAGAACUCCCUGUUGAAGCUCGAGGACUACCAGCAGUGUUUGGAGUGCAGCGAGCUGGCUCUUAAUGAAGCCCUGCAGCAGCUCAACUCCGGUCCAAACAGCUCUCCCCCGAGUAAGGAGGAGUGGGUCAGGACCAUCGGAAAGUUGUUGGAUGGUAUAGAGGUCUGCUUUACCAAAGACUUGGCUCUUCUGAGCAAUGUCCCACACUUCUCCAGCAUGGCCAGACUGGCAAACAACCUCAUUCAGGUUAGAAGAAGCAGGAGAAAAGGCUUGUUUUCAUUAAAGUAAGAGAAAAGGAUUCAAUAAUUUUAACAUGUUUUGUGGCGUCUCUGUGUUUUCAGCUGAUUGAUUUGAGUAUGAGUGUCUCCGAUGAUCCCAAGGAGCCGUACUUCUUCUCAGUCCUGCCUUGGAUUAUCCUCUACCGCGUCAUCAAACACGAGGAGGCAGCUUUUGACUGUAUGCUCCGGCAGCAUAUGUCCGUAGGGGACGAUGAAGGUUUGUUGACUUGCUGUUUUCGUGCCUUCGGUUUCCUCUGCGUGUUCAUGUCAUGGUGCUUGUUACAGCGAGUGACCCUAUCGUGUCUCUGCUUUCAGAUGACUCAGACACUCCCAUGCUGCCCUCCUCCUUAAUGCUUCUGAACACAGCCCAUGAAUAUCUUGGACGUCGCACUUUGUGCUGCUACUCAAACGGCACGCUCCUCAAGUUUUUUGUGAGUUUGUUUGCAGACUUCUCUCUUUUCCCAUACUUCUUUUGUGAAUGUGAAUGUGCAGCUUGUAUUUAUGCAUAUGGAAAAACAUGAAUUAAAGAUUUUACAUUUAAGCUGCUUGGAGAGCUCUCUGUAGGCGAUGCUACAUGAUUUGUGUAUCAUUCGAUUUUCAGAAUAAAACCAAAAAUGAAAAAAUAAGAAAGCUAAUUAUUCUCUAAAUAUUUGUCUCUAAAAUGAAAACAAAAAGGGAUAAGGCUCAUUUUCCCAUUUCUGUUUUCUUCAGCUCAAAUGAAAAUGAAAACAACAGUUUUGCCUAAUUUAGCCUUUUUUCUCUGUAGAAAGUUUCGUGAUCCAGAAGUGAAUCUUUCUCAGACGUCAAGAGAACAAGAAGCAGCUCUGGCGUUAUGGCUGGACUUGAGAAUUAUUCAGAGCUCAUAUGGCACUUUUUUCAGGAUGGCAAAACUCAUGCAGAGAUUUUCACCAGGAGGCAGGAGUGCCUGAGUUCUGAGAUGUCUGUCAGAAGUUUCUUUGCCCAAAACAACCUCCAGGAGAAAAGGACAUGUAUCAGACAGGCUCUGAAUAAUUCUGAGUCCAGCCAAAACGCCAAAGCCCGUUUCUUCUUCACUCCUGGGUCAUGAAACUUUCUACAAAUGAAAAAGUUUAAAUCAGAUUAAACUGUUGUUGUCCAUUUAUCGCAUUUUCAUUUGAGCUGAAGAAAACGGACGUUGGAAAAUGAGCUAAUAUCUAGAAAACAAUUCGUUUUCUCUUUUUUUCAUUUUUGGUUUUCUCUUGAAAAUCGAAUAAAUGAUACACGGAUUCUACAUCUAUGUUUGUGCAUCAUGUCAGCAGUUUGAUGGCGCUUGUUUUCUUCCCGUGUUCGAUGCAGGUUCAAGUUUUGGAGAAAGAGUUUGCAGCCUGUUCGAACACGAACGCUCAUCCCUACAAAGAGGAAUUAGAGAUGGCCUUGGAGCAGUGCUUCUUCUGCUUAUACGCCUACCCCAGUAAAAAGAGCAAAGCCCGCUACCUGGAGGACCACUCAUCUCCACAGGUCAGUGACCGUCCUCUGACUCUGCUUUAGUCAGUCUGUUAUUAAAACGUGAAACACAAAUCUCCGUAUGCGUCAAAUCCUGUAGUUAGAUAAAAGCUAAAUGCUGUUGAAGAGGCGGCAGAAAAGUGAAGAGGUGGUUGAAAUGCCUCAAGGCUUUUAUUAAUUGGUACGAUUUCUCACCUGUAUUGGCAAACCUACACGAGCGUUUGAACGGGAGCAGACUGCAGAUGACGCAUAUGCGUACCCUCGUUGACCCUCAUCGCUCUGCAGAAAUCUGCUCCAUCCAUUAAUGUUGUUUUGUUGGCUGGGGAGGUAGACUCGUCUGCUGUCAGUGAAAUAAAUUGAAGCUGUUGAUGGUCUGAUAGCAUUAAUUCUCAGAGUGAGAAACAGGGACACAGAUCAACAACAAACAAAUAAACACAUCAGAUCUGGAGCAUUUAACUCUCUGUUGUUACGUUUAUCACAGUGCUGCUGUGUCAUAAGAGUUGAGACACUUUGUAAGAUGUUGAUAAAAACAAAUUGAUAUUUCCCAGAUCAAUAUAAGCCCAUUAUGUGAUUGUAAAUGUCUCGUUUGGAUGUCAUGCCACCUGAAGCCUGGUGAUUGCAGCCGUCCGAUAUCUGUUAUUGUCUUUGUCUCGCAGUUGAUAAAAUCCUCCAAUUAUUUACAAUUUCACAUCCAUGGAGAUUUUUCUUGAGUCGCUGAUUUAUUUUCUAAAGCAGUCUCUCACAGACCGCUGAGCCUCUUCCUUUGCUGAUUUUUAAACCAUCAAACUCAGUUUUCAUCAAUGUUUCACACAGCAUCAACUCUUGUGGGAAAGCAGUCGUAUUUUCUCCUCAUCUAAGAUAUUCUUGAGGCACAAGAAAGCAUGAAGUUUUUAUGAAGUUGCUUAAAAAAGAGAAGAGUUGGACAGUGUUGUGGUUUUUAAAAUGUUGCACGAAUCUGCCUGUGGGGGUGUCUCUCAAACCCUGAGAAGCUUUGAGGACACAGCCCUGAGAAUCUUUUGUUUUUGUAAUGCUUACAACAGGCCACUAGGUGGCUGUCAUUCCCACAGCCUCGUGACCCUGACUCAGACUGUGAUUAUCCAGCACCACAGAGCAGAAAGGGUCUCCAUCCAAACCACUAAAUGGCUCUGGCACUGUGUGCUGAACUUUAAUAACAUGGACUUUCACGCCGGUGUUUCCUGCUGCAGGUUGAGCUGCUGUGGUCUGACGCUCUCUUCAUGUUCAAGUACUUCAAACCAAAGUCUCUGCCUGAGUUUGACAGCUACAAGACCAGCACGGUGUCGGCUGAACUCGCCAAUCUGCUGAGGAGGUUUGUUGGCAUCGCUCCACAGAGUGACACCCCCACCCUCACCAUGGAUGAAGUGGCGGCCUACAUCGAGUGCAUGACAGAAAAGGUCAGUCAGCUGGCUCAGAUCAGAGUUUGUGAUAGUUUGUCAGAGAUAUUUAUGAUAACUGUUUAAUAACGAUGAGUUUUUGUCUCCUUCAGGCGCCGAGUCUUCCUGAGGGGGGGAGUCCUGCACCUCCAAUCAUCGAUGAGAUUUACUACCUGCUGGCUGACUAUCAUUUCAAGAACAAGGAGCAGUCCAAAGCCAUCAAGUUUUACAUGCAUGACAUCUGCGUGUGUCCCAACAGGUACCUCGUUUCUCCUCACGCCUGUGCAUCAUAAAUUUUAACAGUCAGAAUAUCAGCAGGGAUCAUAGAGAGUACAUGUGGAUGUUCUUUAUAACAUUAAAACAGGAUCAGCUUCACAAGACGUUUGCGUUUCUUUCAUCAGGUUUGACUCCUGGGCAGGGAUGGCUUUAGCUCGAGCCAGCCGCAUCCAGGAGAAGCUCAACUCCAACGAGCUGAAAAGUGACGUUCCUAUAUGGAAACACUCCCAGGCAGUUCUCAACUGCUUUAAGAGAGCCCUGGAGAUAGACAGCUCCAACCUGUCUCUGUGGAUCGAGUACGGAACCAUUUCAUACGCACUACAUUCGUUUGCUUCACGGCAGCUCAAGCAGUGGCGCAACGAGCUGCCCCCAGAGGUGGUUAAACAGGUGAGAGACACGCCGCCAUGAGCAGAUGAUGUCUUUGUUCGUCUCUCCGCCUUGUCACUUUGUGUUAACUCUGCUGUCGUAUGAGUUAAACAGAUGUCGCAUCAUGUUAUCUAAGCUUCUUCCACAUGUGAAUUCACUGAAGGGUAAAUCGAUUUGUCGCCCGGAGCUGAAUUCCUCAUGAAUUUUCCGCCGUGUACGUUUGUGUCUGCAUGUGUUUUGUUUCAGAUGGAGGAAAGGAGAGACUCCAUGUUGGAGACGGCCUUCCAGUGUUUCCAGGGAGCCUCACGCUGUGAGUGUGACAGCGAUGAAGAAGAGUGGCUGAUUCACUACAUGCUGGGGAAGAUCGCAGAGAAACGCAAACAGUCUCCUGUGGACUAUCUGCAGCUGUACAAGAAGGUAAACAGCCCGGGGUCAUGAGCUGAGAUCUUAUCAUACAAUUACCAGGGAUGUGAAGAUAUACAGAGUUCACGAGUAUGACACAAGAUGACACAAGAUGACACAAUUCUCUACAAGAAACUGCAAUGAUGAAAUGAAUGAUGUGAAAGAUAAGGACGAGGAUGCGGUUUGCAAUAGUUUCAGCACUUUUAACCGUCAGAGUUAUGAAAGGUCAGAUUUGUAAAUAGUCCAGACAUCGACUGUUUAUAAUAACACUCGUGAGUUUUAGACCCGGGUCUGAGCCAAAACCAUUCUUUAGACUCAACAAUCAAGUUGUGUUUUUGAUGAAAGCUAAGACAUCUCUGAAGGUGUGAGGUGACUUAAGGGGUUUUUCACACUCACGUCGUUCGGUCCGGACUUUGACUUUUCUGUUAAAGGCGUGAAACCUCCUCAGGACCUUGGUCCGGACCAAAAGAGGUGGUCUCGGUCUGGACCGAACUGAACCAUGAUCUGGUUGAUGUCCAGUGUGAAAGCGUUAAUUUGAAAGGUUCAGACCUUCGUACCAAAGACAGGAAAUGACAUGAAGAGUAGAAGUAUCUGUUAUUAUGUUUAAUGUAGAUUGUCCAACAACGGGAAAUUUUAUUAUCUUGUAGAUAAAGUUAUAGACCUCACUAUUUUCAAGAGUUUUACUACACAUACUUUUUUCCCGACUCCUCUAAUGAUCAAAUUCAUGAGACUCCCUCGGACCGGCCCCGUGUUCAGCUCCUCAAGUUGUCGCUGUUGGAGGUAGAAAAUCAAAAACAGUACGAUGUUGGGAAUGACGAUUUCAUCCAUGUUUACAACAUUCAAGAGCCACGCUUUUCAACGUGUUUAUGUCAGACACCUGUCAGCCUACUGACCAAUCAAUGUAAAGUACAGAAACACGCGAAGCACGUAGUUGAUGACGAUAUCAAGUAGGUUCGUCAUGUGAAGUCUGUUCGUCUGUUUGCAAUAAUGACAAAGUGAAACCUGAACAGACUGAACCAAAUGUAGACAAUGUAAGAAAAACACAGACCUUGGUUCAGACCAUGGUCUUACUGAGACUCUCACUGUGUUUUUAAAUGGAUUUACUUAAGAGAAUGGGAGUAAUACUAUAUUUGCGUUUCUUGUUGUGUCAAUUGUUCAAAGGAGGAUGAAAAAGUUUCCUUCAGUGGAUGAAUUUUGGUUUUGAGACAUAAGGGAAAAAAAAUACAAGAUUGAUCAAAUCCAUCUUGUUUGCUUAUAGUCAUAACACAGCAGCCAGUUUCUCUGUGAGGUAAAUUUCGAGGCUGAAGCGUCCACCUCACAGAAAACCCUGUUCUGUGCUGAUCUUGUGAAACAGAAUUACAGUUACAGAAUUAUGCUUUCUGAGUCCUUAACAAUCGAUAAAUCCAAAUGAACUGAUGAGGAUUUCUCGUGUCAUCGACUGAAGUUGUCUCAGAUCAGCAAACGCAGAACUAAAAGAUUGAGUAUCUGAGUACUUCUUUGUACUGGGCUGACAUUUAUCGAAGUAAGUGGAAGCAGGAAUUUUGGAUGGUACUGACAUGCUGAUAAAAGUCAGAAAAAUAAACCCCCAGUAAAAAGAAAUGGAACAAUCCUUCAUUUGUAGGUUGAUGGCAGACAUUUCUCUGGCUCUCCACGGAGUUGUUUUAUAAUCCGCCUCCAGAAAACAAGAGCGCGGCCCCUCCACCCUCACGAAAGAUGUUUUUUUCACAGAGACAAUGUAUGGAGUUAGUCAUAGCUUUGUUGUUGUGAUUAGAUCAGUGGAGGCAGAUGGACCAGUGCGAAACAUGAUGUCAGGGAGGUCAGCAGAGACAGAGGAGGGUUAGUGUAAACACUCUGAACCACGAUGCUGACUUCUACUCCUCACCGCCUCACUCCGUUUUUAAUAUCCCCACGGUUGUUGUUGGAUUUGCGAUUCUGUGUCUUUGUGUUUGUAGGCGGCACACUAUCUGCAUGAAGAAGCAGCCAGGUACCCUCGAAAAAUCCACUACCAUAAUCCCCCUGACCUGGCCAUGGAGGCGCUGGAGGUAAAACACCUACGCCACGCUACGCCACAUUGUUUUUGCCUUCUGCUUCCAAAGACUUCAUUAACAUGCUUACGGACCAUCAAAUCUCUUCUCCUUUUACUACCAGCUGCAUUUCCGUCUCGGCGCGACCAUCCUCAAACUACUCGAGAGUGAUAAGCCCGAUCUGGAUCAUGAGAACUUGUUUAAUUUGCUGGUUGAAGCUGCCACUGGGCCGUUCGCCAGAGGGGAGGAGAAGAGUAUGCCAAGUAUGCCCAGGUCCAAUGAAAAGUAAGCGACCCAGCCGGAGCGAAGACGAAAUAUUCAGCGACAUGUCCGAAAACUCACGUUCCGUGUUGUUCUUGGUUCUUUGCAGGGAGAAACCGCCCUCCAUGAUGGAUGAAGACUUUAACUCCUCAUCAGCAUGCAUAGGCCCCCUCAGCUCCUGCAUAGGCAACCUCAGCUCCUCCCUCCAAUCAGCUGCCACCCCAGGUCUCACAUCUCCUCCUUACGUGGCCACGCCGUUUGACCACGAUUACGCCAAACGCAAAACACUCCGCCGGCAGCAGUGGCAGCAGCAGCGGCAUGAGGAGCAGCAGGCUGAUGGUACAGUCCCAGACCUAGACACUGUCUCAGAGGUUGGGCUCUUCGCCCUCCCUGCUUUGGGACAGGAAGCCCACUGGGGAGUGCUCAGAUCGCUAAUCACCAUGCUUAAUGGCUUUGGUUUCAGUUACAGUGAUCCCCGUGCACUGGGUGAUUGGGAUGUGGUGAAAUGGGCAAUAUGGCUGCUGAUUAUUUGACUAAUUUGCUAUGCCUGACAAAGCAGCAGUGUUGGAACAAAUGGAUUUGAAGAUUAAAUUUUACAGAGUGUGUUGAGGCUUGUGUGUGCAGAUGUGUACGUGUCUGUGUGUGUUUGUGUGCGCUAAAAAACAUCCAUUUCUAGUCACUGCUUUGUUGCUGGUCCUUAUCUCCGUCCUUACCAAUCAUCUUGCCUCUCCUAAUAUCCUACAAUUGUUGCUUUGUCAUUCCCUAAGCCGGCGACAUCAUAGAGAAAUCUGAGCCGUGUGUGUUUGUCGCCUUAAUCAGCUGCUGGCGAUUGGUAACACACUAAAAAAGCUGCUAAUGCUCGAGGAUCCUUGUUGUUGCUUUGCUGGGUGCUUCAUGCAGUUGGGUAAACAUUUGGUUUUGCAGUGUCAGGAGUUGCAGGUUCUAAUCCAGAGAAGUUUUUCUGACACUUUCACCAAGUCUUGCAUAUUUAUCUGUAAGAGUCUCCUUCUGUUUACACCAUCUUUAUGCACAAAGUGUAGAAUUCCCCCGGCGGGAGAAGCUUUAGGAGAGCAGAGCGAAUCUGAACAGAGAGAUGAGGACCUAGAAUGAACUUUCCACACACAAGCCCCGACUGUUGCUGAAACUCUCACAUUAAAAAACCACAUCAGAUGGUAAAAUACGAGUUCAUUCAAUCAAAGCACAGACGAAGAAGAGUCAUGAGGGGUGAGCUUUUCAAGUUUAAUGUUUUGACAUUAAGUGGUGGUUUUUUAGAUUUGUCUGAAACAGUGAGCUCAUCACAGAUCUGGAAUUUUUAUUACACAGUUAGGCGGGAAGUGUCUGUUUUCCUACAGCAGAUAUGAAGCGCACAUGUUUGGAAGAGACUGUCCAGUAAUCAACCAAAGAAAUUCUUGGUCGACUAAAACGCUGAAAAUUGACCAUUCAGGGGGUUUGACUCUGACCGCAAACCUUUGUGCGGCGGGGGACGACAAUUCUCGGCUCGGUGGGGUGAAAAUAUACUGAUAUCAGCACAAGAAGUUAAUCUAACACAAAGAUUUAAAAUCUAAACAUGUUUAGAUUUUCAGUUUUCAGAGCAUUCCCGUAACAGCCUGUCUCAGAACACCUCAAUUGUUUUGACAAAUUUGGAUUUGCCAAACUGAAAAUCUAAACAUUCAGCAAACCACCGGACGUUGAUUAACGUGGACGCUUUUCAAUCUUCCUGUCUCCAGACGGUCUCCAGUGGGUUUGGCGAAUCCAAAUUUGUGAAAACAAUUGAGGUGUUCUGAGACAGACUGUUACAGGAAUGCUCUGAAAACACCCCCAUGAGCACUUGGUACGUUCCUCCUGAUGAAAUUAACCAUAGACUGUAAAUUGGCGUGACCUAUCAGAAUUUUGGUCAACUAUUGGUUGUCUUCACGACUAGAGGAAGUCAGUCCUUUUUAUCACAACUUCACUGAACUGUCUGGCGGUUUAUGCGGUCACGUUGUGUUCCAGUUGGUUUGGGCUUAAUUUGACAGUCAAACUCUCUGGAGACCAAUCAGAAUAUUGAUCAACUCAACAUAUUGACCAAUAAGUCGAACAGACGACUAGGAUCAGGAUGAUAAUAUUGAAUCGACAGGUGAGAAUUCAGAUACCGUUUUAAACAUGCCUGGUUCCAAAACUCCUAAACGCUACAUCGCCGUGUCCGUUGUGGCCAUCCUUUCCAUGUGCCAAAAUCCGUGACAUCUGUCCCUCCCCCCCAUGUUUUCUGCUCAGCUGUUGUGUCCAAAUAAUGCAGCCAUGUUGCCCAUGUUGCCAGUUUUGUCGCCCUUUCCAGAUUCCUUCCUACCUACCUACCUGCCUGCUACCUCUUUGCCUGCUUGCUUUUACCACCUGCUUUGCCAUUGAUGUGCAUGUAGUUCAAAUGGGGUGAAUGUCUUCACGACUGGAGGAAGUCAGUCCUUUUUUAUCACAACUUCACUGAACUGUCUGGUGGUUUAUGUGGUCACAUUGUGUUUCAGUCGGUGUGGGCUUAAUUUGACAGUCAAACUCCCUGGAGAUAUCAAAUUCAUAGUUAAUCAUGUGUUUGCUGCUUUCCGCUAAUUGGAUAGAGUUUCCAAUUACAGCUAAUUAUUGUAAAAACGCCAAGUCGAGAAGAAUGCGGCUGGCCUCUUAUCAGCGCACUGCUGAGACUGUAGUCAGAAAAUACUCCGCUGCGCACAUGUUUGCUUGAAGUGUCCAAGUUUUCUGUCUGAGUCCUGCUGAGAGCUCAUCAAGGUGACACGAGUGUACGGCCUGAUUCAGACAUGACGUCAUUUGGGAAUAUUUUGUAUUUCAUCCGUCUGGAUCCACCAAGUGUUUCCUUUGCAGCGAUAUUGUCAGUAAAGUCAGAGCUGAGGAGUCCGGUCGAGGCCUCUCAUACCCCCGGCCUUUUUUAUUAUUAAGUACAGGAGAGAAAUAUCGAUCCUAAGAUGUGCUAAAUUACAACCUCCACACUGCGGAUACCUGUGUCUGAAUCAGGCCCUACAGUUUCAUGGGGAGUGGCAUUAAACCUGUUAAUGAUAAUUAAAGUUAAUUGACAGUAUGAUUUGAGAGAUACAGCUGUUCUUGUUAAGAUUUUACAACCAGCUCCCCAUAUCUCCAACAGCCUCACCAGAGUUUGACCAUGAUUACUGCCUGCCCAGGUCUGCAAUAUGGCCGGCCUCCCUGAAUGGUACUGCUCUCCAAACCCACCAAACUCUUUUAUUAGAGUCUGUGUUUUUUGAUCAGAAAUGAUUAGCACUGAAUUCACAGUCACACGCUGUAGUUUUACUAAAAUCUUACAGUACUGCACUAACUUUCAGCUCAUGAUGAUGAUGAUGAUGAUGAUGAUGAUGAUUCUUUUGAAAAGUCCCUUCUGCGCAUUAUUCACUGAAAUAGCCGAAGCUUGUUACCCUCUUGAUUGUGUUAUUUAGUCUUUCUGCCAAGAUCCGUUUUUCUGCUGAGGCUGCACAACAAGGCAAUUAAGAGGACUGCUGGCAUUUCAAUUUUGGACCACUUACAAAAACAGACCCUCUCUCCUUUAUAACAAAGCGUCAUUAGGGAUCCACUAAUAAGGAUUUCUGGCUCAUGACCUAUUUUUCAUAAUUGCAUUAUUCCCCUCCACACACACACAAACACACACAUAAAACAAGGAUUGUUUGGCAUUUGAAAACCACCACCUACUAACAGCUUGACGAGGCCUACACAACAUGCUUUUUAAAUAUGCUAUAACACAAUGUGGAUCAGUGCUUUCAAUCAAGAUUAUAUCCUGAUAUUAAUUCUUUGACCGAUUAAAGAUCGCUCUACAUUUGAAUCACUUAAUUUAAACAGGAGUACAUAAACCCCACUUUUCAGACAGAUUAACUUCUCUGCAUUUAUCCUCGAUUCCCCCACAGGCUGUUGUCAUCUGUUUAUAUCCGGGUCCAUGCGACUGGCAGCAUGACCCAUGUUCUUCUGUUUUUGUUCUUCUGGCAGAGCGCAGUCAGGACAGUGAGGUGGUGAUGCUCUCCGACUCCAACUCCACCCAAGACGCCUUCACGGACCCCGCCAGCUCACAGGACAGCAGCCACAAACCGGUGUCUGUGAAAGCUUGUUCAUCGUCUUCGGAAAGCACGACUCCUGUGAAAGACGGUCAGUCUGCGUCCGAGGACACGGGUAAAGGUUUUACACUUUUUUGACCUUUGUUUGUUUUUGUCACAGCGAUUCGAUUCUAAUUCUUUUAUUUCAACUCUGCUUCAGUUUCACACGGAGAACACUCUGGCAUCCAAGUGGAGGAAAAAGUCAUCCAGGAAGUUGUUGAAUCGGUAGUGGUGACACUCCCUGAGACUUUGGCCCCCAAAGCCUCUGCAGACCCGUGUCCUCUUCCUCUUCCUGUCCCAGCCACCCCUCCAAAGCCACCCCUGUCCCAACAAUCUGCCCCGCAAACUCCAGCCAGCGAAGGGAAGAGGAAGCCAGAGCCUCCCAUCGAGGUUAUCGAGGUGCCUAAAGAGCUUCCUCCGGAGCGCGCCGACCAGAGACGGAUGCUGCUGGACAUGUGCGUCCGCGCUCUCUUCGUCUGCCUCGGCCGCUUCCCUCAGCACUACAAGAGCCUGUACCGCCUGGCCUUCUUCUACAGCAACAGCAGGACCCAUCAGGUCAGCGUGCCCCUGUCAGCUGGUGGCAAAAGACUACUCUCAUUGUGUUUUAAAGGCCAAGUGAUCCAUUAAACCAAAGCUGUACACCUAUAAUCACUAUCCCCUGUCAUUAACGCUGACAGUUAUAGAAGACGGGGCGUGCUCAGUCUGCGUACAGCGUCCUCAGAAGUCACCUGAACUCUUUGCAUGAAUAAUAUAUACAUCAGAGCCUCGGUGGUUAUUGUUUCUUCUCCUUGGCUUUCUCUGCGGUGGGUCUGUGAGCUCUGCAGUGACACACACGAGUUGCUGAAACAGCCUGUGUUGGCUCUAAGGCUCUGUGGGCAGAGGUGUGCGUGGGUGGCAGCACAGUGCUCUCUCAGCCAGUUUGGCACAGGGAGGUUGCGUAGCGCUUUACUGCGGUGGCAUCCUUCUGUCAGCUCUCAGUUUGUUGAACCUUUUAGAUGCAGUAAUUUUCCUCCUCAGUACUGGUGUAUUUAGGGAUCACAGGUUCUUUCUAAACACACUAAUUUGUACUUUUGCGCAGCAUCGUGGUUCCCACAAGUAAGAUAUUUGUGAUGUGUCUGGAGAUGAAGAAAUCCUUUAUUUACUGGUGAAUUAGAAGUCACAAGCGUUCAGUGAAGGUAAUUUCCCCCAGGUUUAAUUAAACGUGGAGUAACUUCCACAGCAGAAAGGUUUAUCUGGGUUUGGUCUCGGCAGCCCGGAUGAAAGCGGACGCUCCCCGGCAGAGAUGAUGAUGACACAGCCGGUUGAUGUGAUGCUGUCGACACAGGUUGCUUAGCUGCCUUUACAACCCGACACAUCCAGUGUUAAAAGCCUCUGUGGCCCUUUUGUUCACACACACACACAAAAAAAAACCCACUCCUCUGACACUGACUGGUGGGCUUUAUCCUCAGUCUGUAAUUUCAUGCUAUAGCCAACCCGCAUUGUGAGAGAUAACUUGGAGUGGCGUUAGCAUGUUUUCAAACAGGAUACUCAUGUAGACACUGAUCUGUGAGUCAUCGUGCUGCGAGAGGAGCUCUGCAUUUUCAUGAUUUUGAAACGAGGAACAAUUUUUACUUCUUAGCAGAUUUUAAAUUCUCUGAUUUGUCCGUAAAACCGACUCUACAAAUGUGAAGGACAUCUACUUCAAUCACCGCUCUGUCUGGUUAACAUAAAUUACACAAACACAUGUAUAUGUAUGUGUGUGUUUUUCAUUUAUUUAUUUAUUUAUUUCCCCCACACAGAACCUACAGUGGGCCCGAGAUGUGUUGCUAGGAAGCAGUGUCCCAUGGCAACAGCUGAAGCACAUGCCAGCACAAGGACUUUUCUGUGAAAGAAACAAGACGAACCUGUUCAAUGUAAGUCACACGUCACUCUGCCUGUUUUCCUCCUUUACCUGUCUCCAUCUACAUACAUCACUCAACACAUCGUAGAUACUUCUGUCAUCACCCAGUUUGUCGGCUCCAAAACCUAAAAUCAUUAAGAUCUCAUCCACACGUCACACCUGUAACUUUGAAAUAAACUGCAGGCAUUUGACAGAAAUGAAGAAAAAUGACUUUCAGAGCAAAAUCGAAAAAUGACUUUCAGACCAGAAUCGAGUGAAAAAAAAAAUGACUCGCUGAUGAAAGUACAAACACUCCCGAUCAAAUUGACCAACAAUAUGGAGCUGUGAUUGAUCACAUCAGUGCACAUCUGUUAGAUGUUGUUGCCUGAUGCCGUCACAGAGCAGCUGCCACAGGCUCCGAUGUGUCACCAUUAGUAACUCGACAGAAAAGAAAGAAACGUACCGCCGCUCGAACAGUCGGUGACUCACAUCAGGAGAGGGUUAGUCGACACACUCGAGAACUGUCAAACUUCCUGCUCUGGUUUUCUUUUUUCUUUUUUUCUUUUGGCCACGUCAUUGUGUUGUGUUUACCAGCAGGACCAACAACACUCGAUGCUCUUUGUUUGGUGUUUACUAUCCGUGAACCAGUCAGUGGUUCAACCUGCUUCUCUGCUUUAACCCUUUAAUGUUGAAUCGGCAGCUGGUUCCUGCUGCUCCAUUUGAUGGCCUUCAAAGUUCAUGAUGACUGAACUUUGAUUUCUCGUUAUUUCAUGAUAUCAGAACAACAAAAAUGAAAUCUGAAUUAAAUUGUACCGUAAGCCUCGUCUUCUGGCUGUAGACUUUCGCUUCAUCAUGAAACCUAACAGCACAGCGGCAGCCAAGAAGGGAGUCCCAGAGGAGGAACCUGAGAAGAGUUUCCUCACGUUUGCUCCUAAUGAGCGCUCCGCUGUGAGCGAACGAUCGGUGUAUUACAGUCACGUUUACCCCUUUUACGCACAUUAAUUCAAUAAGAUGCGCUAAAGUCAUCCCUAAAUAUGGAUCAGCAGACACAAAUGCGGCUAUAAAUGGAGUCGCACAGUGGGAGAUAUUUAGAAUUCUCUGCCUCUCAGAAUUACAAGGCCUUCCACUGAAGGAGAUUACUGUGUGACUCCGUGUCGGAUUAUUUACCUCUUUUCACUUAAAGCAGAUAUUAUGAUGUCUGUUUUUAACGCCUGAAGAGAUUGGCUGACUCUUAGAUUUGUUCCUCGCGUGAUUUCUCCGGGCCUCUGAGAUCAGACUUUUGCAUAAUGUCUCAUCAUCACGUCUUUUAUCAGUCUGUCGUCAGUGCAUAUGUCGGCGGUGAGCAUUAUUCUGGACAUGAUUGUUUGUGUAAGCUGUCGAGUCGAACACCGACUUCAGAGGGCUUCUGGGAACUCGCUGCAGAAGCGAUGUGGGCCGGGCCUGAGCUGGAGGAAGGCUCUGCGAUGCUCUGGCUCCCACAGGGCUCUCACAGAGCCCCUUCUGGAGGCAAACCUGCCACCCUGGCUUUACCAACUGUCAGAGCUUUACUGUUCCCUUCCAACACAGGACAGCACAGACCUUUCUAAAUAUUAAUCAAACAGCACAGUUUUCAUUGUCUGAGGAGGACAUUCACUAAAGUUGCUCGAGUUUGUAUUUCACGCUCUUUCUUGUCGGUUUAAUGAACCGUGAAUACGACAGUGACAGGCUCAGGUUUGCAGAGACACUUAUAAUCACGCUUUUUCUCAUCAACUCUGACCUGUGACCUUCAGCUCUUGAUAAACACACUGAUUAACACUGUGUCUUAUAUCCUGGUUUGCGGAAACCUUCUUGCUGGUUAUUGCGACGUCACCUUGUUUUGAAGGGGACUGGACUCUGCACCUCGUUGAGUCUGUUGGUGAAUACAAACUUCUGGAUGUAGGUCACGAUGCCCUACUUUCCACUCUCUCUUUGGCUGAGUUUCACUAACUGGGGCCUCCAUACGGUAACCUAUAUACUGCUGUUUAGAAAUGAUCCAGAUGAGGUUGUGCUGCAUAAUUUAUCGCUCCGGUUGUCAGGGAGAGAGAUUCCUACAAGGGCAGGCUCGCAUUAGAACCGUUUAUGAACAGAUAAUAUUAACGAAGUGAUCAGAGGUUAUGAUUCAUUCGGAUAUUAACUAAAUGUAAGUAAUUAUUUCCAGAAUUAUUCAAAUAGAUCUGUUGGUAAUUGGUGCUGUGGUGCAAGGUUUAAAGACCGUGAGCUGCUCAGAACAUUAUUUGUUCACGAUGAGUGUGAAUUAGUGUAAAGGUGAUUUCUGAUUUUAGAGAGAAAAAGAUUUCCCAAUGAUCGUAAUAUCAUGAUAAUUAAAAAAAGACUAUUCAUGAUGUGACAUCUGCAUCACAUACAUUUAAGCAGCUUCAAAACUCUUCAAUUCUUCAACUUAUUUAGAGCUUUGACUCAUUUUUGAUAAUAAAACUCAUUUUAUGAAAUUCCAGAUUUCACUUGCUGUAUUUUUGCUCUAAGUCAUAAAAAUGUGAAGAAUUUUUUAUCACAUUUUGCAGAUCGAACAAAUCCCUUAAUCUUUUUAAGAUUUAACAUGAAAUCCCUUUAAUACGUCAUGACCCGGGUUUAUAUUUGAUUAUGACUCAUAGCGAUGUCUAUCAUUUUUAGCGUCUUUGGGCAGUCGUUCUCUCGUUAGCUAUCACUGCAGCCUCUCUUUUGUCGUGCUCAUGUUGUCCCUUGGCUUUCCAGACACACACAUAUACACUCCAGCCUCCUCCUCCUCCUCCUCCUCCUUCUUCUUCUUCUCUUUCGUGCUGCUAAACUUUGUUUCUCGUUGAUCUCAUGGUGAAGUGAAAGUGAGAGCUGCUGCUGUUGAAGAAUAGAAGAGGAGAGGUGAGGUUUACUUGAUUCAACGUCUUGGAAGUAACGUUGCAGUCAGCUCUAUUAUUGAGAAAUAAAAGUCUGAUUCAUCGCCAGGCUCUUGUCUCAUGUGAUGAACCUCAUUAUGAAUCGACUCGAGGUCUGUCUUCUACAUUAUAAAAGCCUUUUAUGAAGUUUUAAUGUGGGAUUAAGUCCUGAAAGCUGGUAUUUGUAGUUUGAGAGUCACAGAUACUGAAUUUUAACAACAUUUUAUGAUGUUGUUGCUUUAUUUAUGAGCAGGAAUUUGUUCUGUGGCGUGACUUUGACACAAAAUCUUAAUCACAUUUUAUUGGUGACAUACAGACUUUGGACCUUAUCCAAUGAUGGCAUGUUUUCUGUUGGUGUGUUUGAUCGCCAGGCUGAUAAAAUCUCACCUGUACAGCAACCAGAUGAAUUUCAACAUUUUCAUUAAUUUUCUAUGUUGAUUGCGCAGCAGUUUUUACACUGAUAUAACCUCCAAACAUGAUCAAUAAUGCAGUAGGAAGGUUGUAGUCGUGGAGUGCAGUGUAAUUCAGUGAUUCUUCAGCAGACUAACAGCAUGUUAUGACAGUAUGGGCAGAAAUGCUGCUGCAUCUGCUGCUCAGGAUUACUGCUCAGUGAUUGUGAGGAGUCCCUGUGUUCAGUCAGGCACCGUGGUUACCUCCUCCUCCUCCUCCUCCUCCUCCUCCUCCUUACACUCACAUACAUGCUUACAUAUUCCUCCACCCACUCACACGCUCACUCUUCACCAAGCUUCAGAGAAAAUGGAUUCCCUUGUUGCCGUAUUUAAAAAAAAAAAAAAAAAAAGGAAAGCCCUCACUGGUCUUGUAACUCAAUCAAGUCUUUUUUUUUUUUUUAAGUUUGUGUCUCUGCAGGAAAAAAACAAUCAGUUCCAGGAUGAAACUUUGCUCCUAUAGGCAGACUCUUAAACCUGGAUUUGUGGGAUUAUAUAAGACGAGGUUAUUAGGUCCUCUGAGGAGCAGUUACACUUGCAUUUCUUCUCUGGUAUGACUCAAACAUUUAUGUGUCGAGCAGUACGCUGUAGGUGGAGCUCCAAUCAGGAGGACCUUGUUUUUCUUUUCAUUUUUUUUGACUAAGGGGAGGAGAGUGUUGGCCAAAUGAAUACAGUUUGUAGAAGUUGAUAUUUUGAUUUGCAUGUUGGAGGGUUUAGUCUGUCUUGCAUUGCCUCCUUCUUCUCCUCGUUGUGCAGUUCAGCUUUGAGGUUGUUGUUUUUUUUUUCCCCCUCAUACAACAGGAAGCAGGAAAAAAACAAAGGUGUGUGUUUGAGACACGACCAGAGAGGAAAGGAAGAAGGUGAGGGGCUGAGGAAACACUGAGCGUGUGUGUGUGUGUGUGUGUGUGUGUGUGUGUGUGUGUGUGUGUGUGUGUGUGUGUGUGUGUGUGUGUGUGUGUGUGUGUGUGUGUGUGUGGGCACCAGAGUCUUAUCUGUUCAGGCAGCUCUGUUCUUUCUUUCUUUCUUGGGUUAUUGUGGGCUUUUCCUCUUUUCCUACACAAACCUGUCUUCUUCUUCUUACUCCGAUUCUCUGCCGCCGCUCCUCUCUAAUAGUGUGCCAGCCUCUUGAUGCCUCCCACUACCCUGAUGUGGCGGCACUGAGUUCAUUUUUCAGCCAGUUUAUGUUCUCUUGUUCUUUUCCUGUUGCUCCGUCUUCAGGGUGAUCACGCUCUACCCCUCCCCCUGGCUCUUAUUCGCCCUACUCAUCUGCUCUCUCUGUUGCACUCCUCUGUUUCCUCAUUACUCUCUCUCCCUCUCACUCCUCUGUUUGUGUGUGUAUUGUGUGGGUGUGCACCGAUGGGCGGGAGUUUCUUCGCCUGCCUCCGAUUGGCUGGCAAAAGCCUACAACGAUUGGCUGCUCGCUGUGUAUAGUGCGGGAGAAAGCGAAAGAGGAGGGGGGAGAACUCCAGCAGGCUGGGGUCAGGGGAGAGCGGAGAUAGAGUGCGUGGGUGUUUUUGUUUUGAGAUGGCAGGGUUUGAAAGCGGGAGAGAAACGAGUCGGGUUGUCUGUCAGUGGCAUACUGAGCUCGUAGGCCCUGACAUCAGCGCCAUUUCUCCUCUCGCCAAGAUAUCUGGCAUUCUCCUCCUCUUCUGUUCCUGCUCCGCCGUGUGCAGCCGUGCUUCCCUCCUCUCCUCUCCUGCAGCUCUCGCUGCCCUAGCACCCAAAUGCAGCCCGCCCCUUGCUCUCUGAGCGUGAGCCUCUUUCAGGGUGGAGGCGCUGCCAGGGCUGCUGGUGCCGCUACCGCCAGCAGGAAACUGUCCAAAAGAAAACUAACACAGGCGCCGUGGAGUAGCUUUCUUUGGUGAUGGUGAGUCGCUUCCCCUCUGACUUUUGUGAGAUCAGGCCCAGGUUUGUGUAUCUUUGUGCGUGCAGAGUCAGUGUGUGUUGUUUUCUGAGAGUUAGUGUUACUCCUCUGGUGUUGUGUGUUACUUUUUACAGACCGUAACAGUAAUGGGGAUCUGAUUUCUGCAUGUCAGGAGCUCCAGAGUAAAAUGAUGUGAAAUUGAAUCACCCAGGUUAUCCUCCUCCUCUGUGCAUGUUUGUGCAAUCUUCAGUUGUAGUUUGUUGGUUCCUGCCUGCAGGCUGACCUCUGGUUGACACCCGGUUUGUGCAACUUUCCUGCAGAAGAUAAGUUUCAUCAGGUGAAAUAUCUAGGCCUUGUGCUUUAACUUCCUGUAGUUGUUGAGCAGACAGACAUUGUUUUGUUUUGGCUCAUUCACACAGAGGUAAAACUCUUCUUUUGUCCCUGCUCUCUCAUUCAGAUAUUUUACAGAUUUUCUCUUAGAGUUAAAACAGAGUGAAGAAAGAAAGUCGUCCCAGUUCCUCUUGAAUAAUUUUAAGAAGUAGUGUCAGAGCUCAUUACUCCAGGGAAUGUUUUAAGAAAUUGCGCUCUGGGGCUUUUGGAUCACCCCGAUUAUUUGAUAGUAAAACAUUGAGUCCAAAAAUGUGGGUGUGAGUAUUUUCGUGUUUCCCUGGAGUCUGAACCUGAACUCUCACUCGCUGACGGGUUCACUCUGACGUGACGCGGUCCAGUUGUAUUUCUGGCUUUUAUCAGGUUAAAUAUGUCAUUUUUUUAUGAUCUUUAGACUUCCUUGUAAACCCUAACUGCUGUUUUUCCUCCUCUCUGUCCGAACAAAGGACCCCGCUCGGACCUGAUUAUGAUCUGGCGCAAAGAUCAGAUUCCAUUUGUACCAAAUCAUUCUCCUGUCAUGUUUUUCCUCUUGUCUGUGGUGCAUCUUAAUCUCUGGGCGAUGUAUCGGCUACAUCUGUGCCAAAGCUGUCGCUCCAGAUCUCAGACCACAGAGCAGUGGUCAUUUUCCCCCCUCACAUUAAAAAAAGAUGCUUAAAAUCAUUGCAGUUAAAGUCUUACAAAUCUGCUUUAGCUGUUGUGCUACAGCGUAAUCUGAGUAAAGCCAUGGCUCUGCUUCCCCUAAACAGAUUUGCUGUGGCUGGAUGGUUCUCUGAUGAGGAACAACUCUCCUCCAUUAGAGAUGUUUUUCGAAGUGAGCCGAGCCCACCCCCUCAUCACACUUGUCCCUCUCCUCUUUGGAAGCUUUUGGUAAUCUGUGCAUCGAGAGGUUAAAACCUUCCCCAGCCAGGUUACGUCAUUCCAUCAUAAUAAAUCUGCUCAUUUUCCCACCGGCAUCAGAGCCAUAUGUUUGAGUUUAGGUUUGUUGUUGGGCACCAGAUCGGAAUUAGGAUUAAUUCGAUAAAUCAUGACAGGUGUCACUACCAAUAACUUAGUAGUCAUGAGGUGAAAAAAGGGACUUUAAAGAGAUACUCUGAUUUUAAUUUAAGUAACACCGCAACACCAAGUUAGACACCCCCUCUAGAGAUGAAUGUUGCCGACCGCUUACUUCUGUAGUUUUACCAACUUUAGUAACGACCGCAGGAUAGAAAUACACAGCAGUCUGAGGAGCCAUAAACAAACCUCAACCAAAACGCCACUCUAUAGCCACAAAUAAUGCUCAGAACAGCACCUAACUCUGGGUGCUCCUGAGCUGGUGAAAGAGUAAGACAUGUUUGUUUGAACUACCGUCGAACUUCUUAUUUUAAGUGAAUAAGCACGCUGCACAUUAAAACAUCGACCCCUCUGCUCUGGAAAUAUUUCCGAAGCUGAGAGAAAGUUUACAUUUGAGUGAAUGGCAACAAAUCUGCGUAUAUUUCAGUGUACUAGAGCAGCGAACACGAGGCCCAACAUUGCCUGCAGCCACACUGCUACUACCACCACAACAAGAGCAUCUCCACCUCAGCUACGGUCAGCUAACGUUAAACCAGAGAUGGACGCCAAGUCUCUAAAAAUCUGAGAUUCUUCUCCUGCUGAAAACUGAAAUUCCACUGGAAUGUCAACAUGAUGAAGUUAGGGGCUGUUCUGUAGAUUCACCACCUCGUCUGACCAACAGUACAUAUAGGGUACCAGCCAUAGUACUAGCCAUCAAACAAGAGACUAAACACAUCUCACCCACUCUCCUCCAGCAGCCACUUGUUUGUGGGUGAGCCCUGACGAGUUGAUCGCCAAGUGAAGCGGAGUUUCACAGCUCUAGGAAGAACAUUUAUGAUCAUUACUUAAUGGAAAUACAAUCAGACCGAGACGCUAAGACAGAAGAACUACAGCGUCUGCAGAGCAAAAUUAUUACUAUGAUGAUGAACAUUCAUCUCUGGAGGGAGUGUCUGACUCGGCGUUACAGCGUGUUUGACCAUAACUCAGAUUUACGCCGGAAUAUCCCUUUAAGGUUGUCAAAGGCAGGCCUGGAUUUCCUCCCGAAUGUAGACUCUCUGUGUCACAUUUCGACCGUUUCCGAGCGAGCAGACCUAAAGUCUAUCCUCAGGAACGUCAUUCGUUUUGAUGGGUAUAUUUGCCUCGCUUUCCCGCGUCGUUCCUCUCCAGUGGCUUUGAAAAUGUCAUCUGACAAUCUGAAGCUGUCGGUGAGGAGGAGCAGCACGCUCCCCCGGUGCCUUCAGCAGCUGAUAGAGCCAUCUCAUUUGUUCUGUUCUGUCCUGAUAUGGUCAUCUUUGUUUAGUCUCGCGCACGUUCUCCGAGGCCAGAAGCUGUACUCGCUGCCAUGUGCUUCAUGGCUAUACACAGCCUAGGCCACCAUCUGCACUCUCCUCAGUAGCUUCAGAGAGCAGAACCUCGCUUCGCUUCACCUGCUGAGAAGACAUGUGCUCACAAAUACAAAAAAAAAAACAAGGUGGACUCCACCAUCAAAAAGCACCUCAUCCUGCUUUCUUUAAAAGGAGGGGCUGUUUGUUGGCAGCCGGGCUGCUGCUCUGUGUUAUUGCUUGGACAGAGCUGAACACUAAUGAGGCUCCCUAUCAUGUGUGCCCAGAGAGAAGCCCCUCACACCCCUCCUUUUCCACCUCCUACAUGGCCAGCCAGUCCGAAAGAUCUCCCCUGCUGCCUUUCCAUCCCCUCAUUAAGGCUCUCUCCUUUGAAUGCCGUGUUUUUAACUCCCAUUAAUUCCUUUGGCUUACUCCUCUCCUCUCUUACCUUUUUUUUCUCUGUUAAUUGUUUCCAUAUGUCUUUGAAAAACUAAAGUAGCAGCAGAAAAGAGCGAUGAAAACAAACUUUCAGAAUUUACAAAUCCUCCUCCUUCACUCACACGUCAGUUACAGCUUCUUACUUUUAAAAUAAACUUUUGUAUCUCAUUCCUGAAUUAAAACCAAGUUUGAUUGUUUUCUCUAUUAUUUACCCCUCAGUCUAAUUCACCACAUGAUCCCGCAUCUUCUCUUUCUUUCUCCGCCUCCUUCAGGGCAUCUGGCGUAUCCCAGUAGAUGAGAUUGAUCGCCCAGGGAGUUUUGCGUCUCAUAUGAACCGUUCCAUUGUCCUCUUGCUGGAGGUGCUGUCUCAACUUAAGGAUCACGAUACUCUGCUGAAAGUCUCUUUCAUGCUGCAGAGAACCCCUGACCAGGGAAAGUAAGAACCCGCUUUGUUUGAUGUUACCACUUCUGUGAUGUUUUAUGUAUUUGUUUCUUAACAUCUCUCUUCUUCUUCUUCUCUCUUUUGCCUGAAGGAAGUAUUUACGGGAUGUUGAUCGCCAGGUUUUGGCCAAGAGAGCAUUUUUCCUAACUGUAAAAGUCCUGGAGGACAAUCUCAACAGUCUCACAGGGGUGAGGAAGCACAAAUCACCGCACACACACACUCGUACUCGGAGCUGAGGGUCACGGUGUGUUUUAGUCGUCUGGCACGCACCCACUUUGUGUUUUGACAGGUUCUGUUCUCUUUCAGGUUUCUGAGCAACUUCGCAAAGCGCCUGCGCCCUCCAUGGGGGAGAUGACCACAACAGACGCUUCCAACCGGCCCAGCUCAGAGGACAGCAAGCAUGCACCGCCGAAGAAGGCUGGACUCACAGAGGGGACUGUCGUCACUGAUACAGGACCGAAAGACACUUCUCAGGUGCAAAUCAGCGCCCCACUGAUGUCCAUCGAUAAAGGGACUAAGGUUCAGGAGAGCCACCCUGGAAAAGUGGAGACUGCUGGGAGUGAGGGGCAGAAAACAGGGCCGGAGGAGCCCAUGGAGCUGGACUCUGGUAACUGGAGGAGGCCUUCUAUCACCACUGAUUCUCAGGGCAACCAAUCAGAGACUGAGACGCCUUUGAGCGCUGCGGAGCCCCUACAGAAAGUGACCGACAGCGUUCGGACACCAGAGCUGUCUCUAGAGGAGCUGAGUAUCAGCUCCAGACAGCAACAGCUCCAAAACUCGGCACCCAAGGUCGCCGUGGCGGCCAGCGGGACCGACCAGAGCUCAGUACGGAGGCCGAACAGGAAGAGGAAGCUUCUCGAGGACGUGGAGUCUGGAAAAACUUUACUGCUGGACGCCUACAGGGUCUGGCAGCAGGGCCAGAAAGUCAUGACCUACGACCUGGGACGCAUCGAGAAGAUCAUGUCGGAGACUUACAUGCUCAUUAAACAGGUAAAACUCUCCGACUUCACACCACAUCCGGUUUGUUAAGUUUGCUGAGCAGUGAACAACAUUGUUUACAUGCUGCUCUGUCUGCUGUCUUCACUCUGAAAUCCAAAAUAUUUCCACAGUCCUAAUUUAUCCUCGAGGGACGAGUUAAUUAUCUGUCUCCUCUUAGCUGCUCCCCAUUCUCUACAUUAGACGCUCCUCGAGCUGCUCUUUAAUUAAACAAGGACGCCAAAGCAAAGCUGAAUCUUUAAGGAAGCAACUUGGGCAAUUAAACUGGAAUGUAUUAAUGCAUCGAUUGAUUACAUUUUAGUGUACAAAGAUAAGUUAAUUUUGUGUUUAUUAACCCUCUUCAUUACGGUAACAGUCGCUAAUUUGUGCAGGAAGCCCCAAAAUGUUCAAAACAUGAAAUAAACAGUCAGUAGUUUAUUUUCAGUGGCAGCAGAAGUCAGUCAAAUAUCUGGUCUCUGUGGUUGUAGCAGGUCUGUAGAGUAACACCACCCUCUUCACUUCUCCACCCAUCAUCCUGCAGUGAAAGUGAAGCAGCUCACUUUGGGAAAUGACUAAGUUUUAAUGAGUCAGUGGAAGUAUUCAGAGUCACCGGCGUUAAGUGUUUUUUUUCCCUUCAGGCGUCUAAAUUUACUCUAAAACAACAAUCCACUUAUUGACAAAGUCUCACUCACAGGGUAAUUAGAGGGAAAAAGUCUUUUGGGGUUAGUGAGUGUCAUGUCAUGUGAUCGACUUGGGAGUUGUCUUUACGAUCAAUGGAGUUCAAAACCCAGCGCAGGCCUCGGGGGAUUGGUACUGUACAAUCACUAUCUGAAUUUUGUUGUGCUUUUGCAAAGUCAUGCGUGCCUCAUAUCGGUCCUCUCAAAGGGAAACGGGUUCGGGAACCCCCUGAUGAAACUUAAAGAGAAAAAAAACACCCACGGUACGACAGGGACUUUCCCUUAUUGUAGGUUUUUACUCUUGAACGUAGAUUUGGUCUCUGUCACUCUGUUUCCCCCUGAAUGAAGAGUGUUUGUAGGAUGUCGAAUCUGAAGGUUAACGGGGAGUAAAGGGGAGUUUUGUAGUUUCACCCUGGAUUGUUGGGGCUUUUUUUAUUAUUGCAUCAGUAAAUGUGGCUCCAGAUGCCAAAGUUUAUCCAGUUUAUUAAACUGUAAUAUUUGUAGAGUGAAUUUAAACAAAAGCUAGCACGGUGUAUUCGAGGUAAAAUAAUUAUGCGCACUGCAAGUUAUGUCAUUAUUUGUGUAAAAAAUCAACAAACGCUAAAACACUAAAUCUAAAGACACACUUUCUUCCAACUUUUCUGGUUUCCUGAUUGAACUGAAUGUUUUUGAAAACCAGCAGCGUUCAGUGUGUGAUGCAGACUGCAGCUGCAUGUGAGCCGCUGGUAUCCUUUGAUUCAGAGGAGUCCUGAAUACUUUCGUUUCCACACCAGGGCUGCAUCUCACGAACAUUUAAAUAGUCGAUUAGUCGACUAAUCGGAUAUGUCCGUGCAUCAAGAACGAGCUGCCAUGGUAUGUCUGCUUUGUAAACCUUGCAAGUUUUUUUUUGUUUUUUUUUGCCUUAUCGAGGCUAAAGUGCUCCCAAACUUUGGAGGCUUUUAAGCGAGUACUCGUAGCCACUGUAUGGGACGCCAGCAACGCCAUGUUUGAAUACCCGACUACUCAGCAGAGACGCUAUUGUGCAUGUGUGACUCUGGACAGAGGUCAUAAUGAAGUAAGAUGCCUCACUCCACUGAUUAAAACACGUCUGGCGACAAUAGGGUUCGAUUCCCCCCUAUCCCAAGUCUGUCUGUUGUGUCGUUGGGCAAGACACUUAAUCCACCUUACUCCCAGUGUGUGUCCUCCACUGGUGUGUGAUUGUGAGUGUUGUGUGGUGGUGGUUGGAGAGGCUGUAGGCGCAAACUGGCAGUCACGUUUCUGUCAGUCUGACCCAGGGUAGCUGUGACUACUAAGGUAGUUUAACACCACUGAAGUGUGACUGUGUGAGCGAAUGAAUGAUGCAUCCAACGUAAAGCACUUUGAGGGUCUCUGAUGAAGCGCUAUAUGAAAUCUGAUGCAUUAUUAUUAUAAUUGUUGGCGAUAGAAUCCAGUGUCGACUUUUUUCAUUAUCGAUUUUUGUUGACAAAGUCGACUUAUCGUUGCAGCCCUAAACUCCACCUGCACCACCAGGUAAAUCAGGUUCUCCUCUCAGCGCUGGAGUUCCCCCUCGUUCUUCCUCUUUAAACUCGGGUUCCUCUACAUGCCCUGAUGUGUCUGCAGUUAACGGCGUGUCCCUGUCAGUCGCUCAUUAUACAGUCCGGUUGUAUGUUUUUCUCCCUGAAGCCCGCUGACUCAAACAGCUGAUCACUUCUGUGCCGUGUCUGAGAUCAACUCAAACCUGAAUGACAAAUUAAAGCGCUGAAGAAUUUCUGAAUAGAGAGUGCAUUUACUCCAAAAUACCGCUCUGGUCUGGGUGUUGGUAGAGCUGACCUUAUACUCUUACUAUUGAAAGCACCUCAUACUACCUCUCUUCAAAAACCUGAUAUCUGUCUAAACGACGCCUGUUAUGUAAAAGUAUCGCUGUUCACCUUCUCCUUCCCUGCUCGUUUCUCUUUGUGACAGAUUUUGAAAGUCAGUCUAACUUCAGCUCUUUUCUCCAGCAGUGAUGACACAGUUGUAGAACAGCCCACCUCAGCUUACACAGUAAUAUCGAGCUGAAGAUCAAUGCUGGCCUUACAGAAGCUGCCGUGUCGCAGAAGAGGCUGUAGCUAGUGUAGGCGAGGGACAGCUGAAGAAGAAGAAGAAAUCAGGAGAAAGGCCAACCUGAGCAGAUCUCUCUUUUUCUUUUAGGUGCUCAGAUUCCUCGCUGUUCUUUUUGGAAGACGGCAAAGUGAAUAUUUUCUCAGACACACCCAUGAGAGAAAGAAGCCAGAACUAGCCCUGACAUGUUUCCUGUCACAGACGCAGAGUUAUGAGAUUAAUAUGCCUGAACACUCUCCACGAGCACAUCUAGUGAUCGUACACCUACGUACACCAGCUGCUGACACUUGGUGUUGUUAUAUUCUGCAUCGCACAGUGACACAUCGCUACAACUCCGAUCUUAUUAUGUCUCCAAAAUAUGAAUUUUUCACAUUUUCAUUCUCUCAGACUCACAGAUCGUACGUUUCCACUCAGACGGCUGGAGAGACAACAGGGUUUGAUUUCACAUAAACGUUUUUUAUUGAUGUGAUGGGAGGUGACACGCUGAAAUUUGCCUCAUUAUAAUUAUAAUCAUUAUGUGAUAUUGAUAAGUCAUCGCUGAGAGUGUGUGUGUGUGUGUGUGUGUUUGCAGUGAAGCAGACAUGAAUUGAAAGCAGUCAGCUGUGAUGCACCGAUGCUUGACUCAGUCCAUUUAACAAUUGUCAUCACUGGAAAAGUAGAAUGAAGCAGCUGUUUAACAAAAAAAGGGAAAAACUCUUGGGGGGUCGCUGAACUGAUGCACACAACAGGCUGCUGGAGGGAACAGAACAGCUGUGUGAGCAAGAUUGCCGCCGAGCGUGUGAUGUAGGGCGGCAGCUCAGCUCGCGGACUCCCACACAUCCGUCCACACGAGCUGCGCCGCCUCUUUAAAGGGAGACGUUCUCUGCUGCUGCUGCUGAAAUCACAGACUCAAGAUCUGAGGAAAUCCUCCAGAACAGAAUCAGCUGAGAAGAAGCUGUUACUGGUUUUUCACCAGUGUCACUGUGGUGAUAAGCAUGAGGCGCUAACACAAGACCAGUCAUCUCCUGUGACUACGUGAGGAAUUUGCCGCCAUGGCGCCCGCUGUAUGAGGACGUUCAGCUGAAUGAUGAGAGGAAGAUCAGAGAUGUUGUGAUUCCGGUGUUUGCCUCCAGAGAGAGAGAGAGAGAGAGAGAGCACCUCUCAGAGCGUCAGUGCAGAACCAAAACUACAUGUUGUUCUUAAAUAUGAUCACGGGGUUCCUACACAAGUAUGGAAAUAAAUUUGAUCCAUUUCCAGGUCUUAAAAGUUUAAAAAAUGAACAUGGAAAAAUAUUAAUGAUAUUAGACUCUUUUUUAAAAUAGAAAAGUAGGUAUUUCCAAAGAUAAUUCUCCAAAGUAGGGUUUGGAAAAGUAUGAAAAUUCCAGCUGUGAAGGAACCGUGUUAUCAGUUCUGUGUUUGUCCUCUGAAUCCUAAUUUUUGAACACUACAGACUAGCUCAGCUGAUAUAUCAUUUCUUAAAGUCAUGAUCCAUUUCAAAGUCUCGAUCCGAUUCGAGGGAAAUCCAAAUUUUGUAGUCCGGGAUUCGUGUCCAUCAGCACCACGUCUGCAGAAAACAGUCGGUGCUCGAGAGCGUAGGAGUGACCGUAUGUGCGAUCAUCUGAAACACAAUACUGUCACGACUUCUGUCUUCUCCAGGAUUAGUUUGUGGGUAUUUCCAGACUGAAGGAAGUUUUCCCUAACUUAAAGAUGCUGCGCUGUAGGAUGAACUACUGUAGUUCUUAAGAGGAACCUUUUAGAGCUUUCUUUGUCUUUUCACGGCUCUGCUUCCAUCUGUUGAUUGUUUUUUUUCUCCAUUUCUGAUGAAUUCAAUAUUUUCUGCUGUUAUUUUGGUCGCCUGAACAGAUCAUGUGACGAUGUUCCUCUGCCCUGACGUCCUGUCUCUCUCUCUCUGUCUGUUUUUACUCUCAGGUGGACGAGGACGUCGCUCUGGACCAGGCCGUGAAGUUCUGCCAGAUCCAGUUGGCCACUUCUGCCCAAAGACAGGUAAAACAGUUCAAACCAGCGUCUCAGUCGUUCCGCUCAUGUUUCAUCACGAAUCCCUCACUUUCAUUUCACGCUCAGAUCACACGGAAGUAUUCGGGCCGUGACGAUGACACUGUUUUAAACAUACGGCUGUGUUUUCUCACGUUAGGGGAGCUUUAAUGAGCCUUAAAGCGCUGUUAUGAUGGCACUUCCAGUUCGUGGUUUUAAGCCCUCAUUAGAGGUCUUUAUACAUGAACUGAUCCAGGUUUCACUCACACUGGAGAUGCAAAUCUAGCUCGUACAGAUCUUCGUUUACAGUAGAGUCGUCAGUUCACUGUUUUCAGGUGUUUGUGGAGAGAAAUUAAACAAUUGAAAGAGUUUGCGUUUUUAACCACCUGAAGUAAACUGAGUCAACAAAGAGAGGAAGGAAAGGUUUAUUUCUACAGCACAGUUUAUCUUUAAUGCUGAUUUGUUCGCCUGCUGUUGAGCUUUUAAAUAACAAUGACACUUUGAUGCGUCUGUGUCUGCAGAAAAGGUAACGGCAGAUAGGUGUUAGCAGAAAGCCUCACUAAAGGAAAUCUUCCUAACUGGUUUGUUCUGUGUUUUUUUCCUCUGAUAUUCAGAUCCAUGUUCCUGCACGUCCCAAAAAUAGCCUCUUAGCGUGGUGAAAACGCUCCCUGUCGUCCUCUCAGCCUCACGCAGGAGUUGCCAAACUUAUCAUUAGUUUUAGUGUCACCCUGGGUUUGCAUGGCGCUCAUGAGUGCAGGCAGUAUGAUAAUGAUACACAAAGCUAAAUGACAAACAGAAGCAUCUUAAUACAUGAGCCGAGUGUGUCUAAUUGGAUUUAAUCUGACGGGUUCAUCCAGGGCUAAACGAACUACAAACACUGCUUUGUCUGCCGCGCUCAUAUUCCUCGUCGUGUCAUUAUCCGCUCUGCUUCAUCCUGUGUCAGCGACUCCCCCUUCCUCACAUCCCUCCUCCUCCUGCCCACACAGUCAACAAGGGUCCCUCUGCCCACAUCCUGUUGUCACGGUGACACCCCCCCCCUUCCUAAACCUUGUGCUCUCGAGAAGUCACCGUGGGCAAAAUAAAUCUGUUUUUCUUGUUCACUGAUCCUCUCAUCUGAUUUUCUGCUCGAGUCUUUUUGUUGUUUUUGUCCGUUUUGUGUUCGUCUUCAGCGUUUGGGUGUUGGUGUGUGAAAUUUAGAAACUGAGAUGAUGAUCUACGUGAGGCAGAAAGUUUCUUAAAUAUGUAAAAAACCAGAAGAGAGAAAAACGAAUGCUGAUUGUGGUCGCUCAUGAACUUCCAGUCAUCCUCGGUUAAUGUGACUAAAUUUUCACUUUUUUUAAGAGCUCCAGUUGGUUCUGCUUCGUACAGGUCCUCUAUGUGUGAAACGGUUAUUCUCUCUGACUGUGAAGCAUAUAUACCCUUGCUAGCUUGGUGACGACCCCUACAACCACUACAGUUAACUUCAUUAAUGUAGCUCCAUCUGUGGCCGUUCACAGCGCUUUUCUGUACCUGCGUGUUUAGUUUUUGGAAGCUCAAAUCAAAGGACCUCAACAGUAGGGCUGGGCGAUACGGCCUCAAAUCAAUAUCAUGAUAUAUUGAUCAGUUCACCUCGAUAACGAUGAAUGGACGAUAACUACUCCACAAGCUGCUCACCCCCUCCCACAUUAUUUACAACUUUCUCUCCGUCCUCCAUCUCCUCACCUGUCUUUCCCUCUUUGUUACAGACUGGAUGGGGUGGAGUCACGUCUCUGAUGUAGGACAGCGUCUUUAAGGGACAUGAGACCAUAGCCUACCUACACACAUCCAAAACCAACUUUGAUUUAUUUAUUUAUUUGACAUUGAAUAUACAGAUAUGGGAAAAAUGACGUUGGUUAUUGUCCUGAAUUUCAGUAUCGGUAAAUUUUCGGUUUAUCGCCCAGCCCUAUUUUGACCCUAACUGAAAUUCACACUAAAGUAAACCUUUAAAGUCCCUUUUUUCACUGCAAAGUUAUUGGUGGUGUCACCUGUCAUGACUUCUCUUGGCCUCAUGAUUUCAAUCUAACUAGUGAAUUCAUCCUAAUUCAGAUCUGGUUCCCAACAAUCAACCUAAAGUAAAUUUUCGGUUUAUCGCCCAGCUCUACCUGCAUGUUUAGUUUGUUGAAGCUCAAAUCAAAAUACCUCGACAGUUUUUAAGAUGCAUCUGAAUUUUCACGUGAUAAUUGAGUGAAAUGAGCCUUUCAGAAGCCCAGUGGUGUUAUUUUCCAGCGUUGCAGUCGGUCGAUGCUGCAGUGGUGUUUUGUGUGCCAAAAAGAACAAAAAUCACACUAAUAAUAAAAAACUGAUAACGAUGACAAACCUAUCAAAGUGUAAACACUCUUUACAGGAGGGUAGAGGUCUUAAAAUGGAAUAUAGAACAAAUCUGUGACUGUGUAAGAAUUAAAAAGAUCUGAAUUGUGAAUUCUGAUCUUAGAGUCUUAGUUUUGAUUUAUUUAUCACCACAUGUUGCUGUUACAUGACUCCCCUCAUGUAUGGAGGAUUAACCAGUCGUCUGCAGACUCUUCUCAGACCUGCUUGCUCGCUCGUCGUCGACCUGUUAGACGUUUUCAUAAUUAACCCGUAAUCGUGUUUGCUCAUGCUGCUAAUAAGACAGCGGCCCUCUGCUCCCAGCUCCGCUCUGCGGUCUAAUCGAACUGGUGUUUGGUUGUAAUUACUGUUCUUCCAGCUCUUGUCAUGGUUUUUAUCUCCGUCGUGGGAAAUGUGAGUAGGCACCUUGGAAGCUCUCGCCUCGAGGACAUGAAAAAGUUGUUUUCUGCCUCUCACAGAUUCACACGUUCCUUCAAGCCCCCACAAGCGCAGAGCGAGAUCUACUCGUGUUGUGCGGAGCUGUUUUGUAAUCUGAGUUGUUUGCCUCCUCGCUUUUAAAACCACAUCAGGUGCAAAAAAAAAAACAAGGGCAAACUCUGUGUGAUCGACGGAGGUCUGAUCUGUUUUAUUUUUAGAUUUUUGCUCUCGACCUUUCGCAGACAUGACGAGCAUUUAUGAGAGUUUGAUGAAGGCGUCUGUCGAAACUCUCCGCUCUCACCUCUGGGGUGUAAAUGAGCAGAGUUGGGAGUUGUUUUUUUAAGUUUUGACACGUAAUAAAAUCUGAAUUUGACGCUCUGUAGUCUGUCUCGUAUGUGCGGGUAAAUUGAUUAAAGUGUUCAGUAGGCCGGUGUUUCAUUUGUGCCCAAACCUGAACAUCUACAGCUGCUCUAAUCUGAUCUAAAGCCCAAUCUCCAUAAUUGCAAAGAACCGUUUUUCAGUUCAGACUGAGGGACACUCCAAACCCAGAGGAGGCUCCACGCCGGCUGCAUGAUCUGUGCUGCAAUUUUCUCAGGUACCGUGUUCGUCUAAUGUGCGCGGCGGUCAGGCUGACUUGUUGCCGUCUUUGUUGCCGAUGUUUAAUUCAUGAGGUAUGAAUCAUCAAAGCGGGCUCUGAACGCUCGCAUGCUUCGGAGCUGCUGUGCCGCUCUGUGUCGAGUGUGGAGGAGCCGUAGCUGUCCAUGCUUUUGGAGGGCUACUCUGUUUGAUUUGUCUGUUUUACGCCGCGUGAAUCCCCAGGGGACCAUCAUCAUACAUAGACUCUGAUUCAGACGCUCAAUUUGACUUCAACUCCCAGCAGAGAGAGAAAAAAAGACAGGAGAGCUGUUACUGCCAAAGUCUCCUCUGCUCACAUACUGAGUCUGUCAGAGCGGCUCGUUCGGUGUAAUUUGGUCCUCUGGGAUCUGAAACCCUGAAAACUUUACCUGAUGUACCUGAAAUCAUGUUGAUAAUGAAGCUGCUUUUAAAAACACGUCAGCUCCGAGGAUCUUCACGUGUUCUGGUUGUCUGUCAGGCUGAAGAGCUGGAUCUCAGCCUCAUAAGAGCUGCUUCUCCUCCAACCUUUCAUCCAUUUUAAAUUGAAAAACUCGAGAAGGUGUAUUUAUUUCUUUUAACAGUGCUCCUGUGUGUUGCCAUGACAGCAGCUCUGGGAGCAGGGCGGCUGUUGUCACAGGUUGUUUGUGCAGCUCUUGUGUUUGUAAGUGGUUCUCUAAAGGACACACAGGGAAGUGGUUUCAGAGGGAUGCGGCGUGUUGUUGUAGACUAGUGCACCCGGCACAGAGUCCAGCACAUCCAGGGAGACUCUGAGCCCAUGAGGUUCACCGUCGCAGCCCUGCAGAGGACUCUAGACUUCCUCCUCCGCUGCUGAUGUUCGCCGUUUGAAGAGCGCAGACUCACCGACUCUCCUCUGAGGACGGGUCACGCCUCAGAUGGAUCUCCUCGCCUCCUCACGACCUCUCCUCUUCUUCUCUGUCUCUCAGUCCGCAGGCGACACCCCCACCACGCCCAAAUACACCAAGGAGCACCGCGACCUCUUCUUCCCCGCCUCCCUGCCGACUCCUGUCCUGCUCAGUCACACCAGCUGCCACCCGCUCUCCGCCCAGGACGGCCAGGCCAAACCGCUGUACGAGCCCCCGAGCAAACUGACCAGACCUCCCGCCUCAGGCUUCCACGACCAGAGGAGAGCAGCUAGCCACCCAGCCGCCGCCAUGGCCUUCCUACCACACACAGGUACGGCGUCUCCACAUACAUCACAGCUUCAUCACAGCUCACAGAGGGUCAGAUUUAUCAGUCGCUCUGCUGCUCUCUGUGUGAAAGACUCGAUAUGAUGCUCCUGUAGUGCUGCUCCUCUGCUGAGGUGAAGCUGCACUCUAAGAUCUGAGUUUGCUGUUAUCCAAAGGUUCAGUAGGGGGCGCCAGUGGACCUCUAAGGUCUCUUACAUAACAUCCCUGGCCUCUUCAUAUUUUGCCUGUCGGGUUUUUUCAGCCAGUUUGAGAGUUUAGAAACGAGCUUCCUCCAGACUGUGACUCUUUCUCUUCCUGCUCGAGCUUCUGGUGGGUUUUUGGAAUAAUCAUCCUGAUCAUGAAUAUUCUGGCUGAGAGAUGAUCUCAUGUUUAAGAUCUGAAUAUGGAAGUCCUACACUCAGGACCUGUACCCUGAUGUCCCCCCGGUAAUGUAAACUCAGCCUGUGAGCUUGAAUCUCUAAAACGUCUGAACUCUUUUGUUAUUAGAUCCACAGUUAUUCUGUCUGUGAUCUGAUUGUUGUUCGAGGCGUGUAGAGACAGGAGAGGGCUGUAAAAAGCAUUGAGAGGCUCUGUCGGCACUUCUUCUGUUUUUAAGACCGAGUUUGAACUCUCCUCUCAGGUAAGAGCUCAUUAACUCGAGCUGUGAAACGGCUUUUUAGACGACUCCCCUGUUUUUAAUUUCCCUGAACCUCAUUUCACUUUUUAUAAAUCUUGUUGAUGACAAACUUGGAAAAGGUUCAGGCUCUGGGGAGAAUUAUGUAGAUGAAGUUAUGUUGAGAUAAAAAAAAUCAUGUAGAUGGAAACAAAAGCCUGGAGGCAGUUUAGUGACGUACAGAAUGUGACUCGGAUGGUGUCAAAAAAGAUCACACACUCGUCUACAUACAGAGUUUGUUACAGGUCAUAAAAACAACAUCUUUGAAUAAUAUUUUGAAGUAGAAAAUUUUGAUUAUUUUGCUCUUAGCUAAAAGAAAGUAGCUGCGAACCUUUUGUGAUGAGCUGGUGUUUCGGUCAGACAUCAUCGUUGGUUUUCUGUCAGCAGCAGCAGGACGGCUCUUCUAACGUCUUAUUUACAUUUUUAUAUUUUUAAAAGACGUCAGUGUAAACUUUAUCCUGUUUCAUGAUGUCAAAUACUCCUCACAGGAACUUUAAAUAACUAUUAUGCUUUAGCUCUUUAAUUUUCUCUCUAAUUCUCCUGAAUUGACGCGUCUAAAAUGUGACAUUCGAACCUUCAUUUAUGAUAAAAUAAGUUGUGCAAAGCUUUAUAAAACUUAGCAGUAAAUGUUUUUUUCUUCUGCUUCACAACAAACUCUGCAGCCUCAAUCUCAUCACUGUUUAUGUCCUCACAGAGUUAAAUGGAUUUCUAUUUAAUUUAAAAAAGACAGUUCAAUAAUACUUUUUAAUAAAUGAAUUUGAUUUAAAAUUUUAUCAAAGAAAUUUUAAAAUUUUUGUUUUCUGAACAAAUAAAAAAAGGAAAUAUACAUAACAAAUAUUUAGAAAUAAAAAAUUAUAUUUAAUUUCUUUAUUUUACACGUAUUACAGUCUACUGUAUAUGGAUAUCUUGGCAGAUGGAUUCUUUAUUAAUACUGAGAUAUAUCAUGGAUUAAAAAAAAAGAUGUUUGUAUAUAAAGAAAUAAAAAACCUUUUUAUUGUAAACAUCAUAAAGGAAUUAGCAAUUAAAGUAUUUUAAAACAGUUCUGUGAUCUACAUUAAUGAGUCCAUCUCUAAAAAUAAUAAUAAUUAUUAUUAUUAUUAUGGUGAUGAAAAUAAUGAUGAUGAUGAUAAUAAUAAUGAUAGACAUAAUUAUAAUGACAACGAUGAUGAUGAUCAUCAUAAUAAUGAAGAUGAUAAUAAUGAUAAUGUUAAUAAUGAUGAUGAAAAUGAAAUUGAUUACAAUAAUGAUGAUGAUGAUGAUAAUGAGUCUGUGAAGGUCAUGUGAUCUGUUCAAACUAAGACUCUGUAAUUGAUCAGUGAUCAGUUUCUCAGAGAUGUUCAGAUUUGUCUGUUUUCACAUUUAAAGUAUAUGAACAUCCUCACUCCUCUCACAGGUUAGCAUCAAGUAACACUGCAGUACUAUGUAUUAUGUAAUGGUUUCCAAGGCAACCCUAGUGAGAGAGAGCGAGCGAGCGAGAGAGAGAGAGAGUAUUAUAUCAUUUUUGUUUUCAUUUUUGUCUGAGCUGCAGGAGCGACACAGUCAGCAGAGAGUUCAUUCAGCAUGUAAUCAUCUGAAUUCAGUGAGUCUGCUCCACAGCCCUCAUUACAGAGCAACACUGUCCCACAAGACCUCCAGGUUCUCAGCCUGGUUUUUGUUCUUCAGGAGAAUAAACCUAAAAACCUAAAGACUGAAGGAACAAACGAUGAAGCUUCUCUGUUAGCUUAUGAUGUCGAAGGAUCCAUCCAGAUCAUUAAAUCAUAAUCAACCAGCCUGAGUCUGAGCUGGGCGCUGAUGAUGGAUGAUCAGCUUUUCAGGUGAUUCUUUCUCCCCCACAGAGGAGCGAGGAGAGGAGCCCUCAGAGGGACUUUCAUACCGACAGCAGGAGUCACACCUUUGUCAGCAGAUGAAACUGGCCACUGUAUCCCAGGGGCAGGAGUCUGCCGCCGCCGCCGCCGCCGCCGCCGCAGCAGCAGCAGGCUGGUUUCAGGAGGAAACCGCCACAUGUAGCACCGCACAAACAUGCCCAGGUGAUGUUACAGGACAAAGGAGAACAAGAUGGAGAAAUGUGACAGAAGUUUAAUCCUCUGUUUUAAGGUUUUCUCUUGUAAAUGAGUCCCUAAAGCUUUAAAACCACCAACUCUCUCUGCAUUUUAAAAAGAAAACUAAAAAUCUCUCUUUUAGAUCUGGUUUUUAUUUCGGCCUCAUUUACCUUCAUCACUGACAUUUCUCUCUUCAUUGUUUUUACCGUCCUAAUUCUUCACGUCUCCUCCUUUAUUAAACUCUCUGAUCCAUUUUUCUGUCUGUCUGUGUCUGUGUGAAAAAACCAAGCCCGCAUGUUUGCAUGAGUACAGCUGAGUGAAGUAAACAAAGCCCUCAGCGGCUGGAUUUGCUCAGAAAAAAGUCCCGAGCUCUGAAGAAUAUCUUGUUUAUUCUCUCAGACCAGCAGCAGUAUGCCAGCAAUGAGCAGUCGAAGCUUCCAGACCCCAACAGAAUCCGCUCCCGGGUUCCUCCCAACAUGCCAAAGCUUUUCAUCCCGUCCACAGUUACCAAGUUCCCGCCAGAAAUCACAGUAACACCCCCGACGCCCACGCUCCUCUCCCCCAAAGGCAGCAUCUCAGAGGAAACCAAACAAAGACUCAAGGUAUGCCGUUUUUUUAUCCCUCUGAAUUUGUGCUUCUGUGCCGCACAGUUAUUUCAGACUCAACAGUGCCCCCUGCUGUCUCCUCUCACACAGAACGUCAUCCUGUCAUCUCAGUCCGCAGCCACGGUCAAAAAGGACACUCUGAGCCAGCCAGCGCUCGAGGUGCAGGAGACGUCCAGCCAAGAGUCGUCUCUGGAGAGCGAGACGGACGAGGAAGAGGAGGAGGACGACUACAUGGACAUCUGAGCUCUGAGGGCUCUGCGCGCACGCUCGAACCGAACGAGGCGCCGCCGCCUCACUCUGCCAAACCCCCGCCCUGUCUUAAAGGAAUGGUCCACGUCUCUGCAGCCGUCUUUGUUGAUGCUAUUGUUCCGUCACGUGCAUUAAAAAUAAAAUGCAGUAUUCUCGUCGCCUGUCGUGUCGCACAUGACGGGCGAUGACGCUUAAGUCCCACAGCAUGUCUGUAAUGUGCCAUUUAUGCAUAUCACACACCGGCUUAUCCAGCUCUCCUGCAGGUCCUGUAUUUAUGCACCUCUCUUUUUUUAACGUCGUUCGCUCACCGUACCUCCGAGCCGCAGCUAAAUCCUCGUCUGAGAACUCGCCUCAGUCCGGACUUGAACCUGCUGUCCCACACUCUGAGCUUUUACUCUGGCAUGAGAUUUCCCUCUGAAAGACAUAUUUCAUCAGAACACCGUACAUUUCAGCGAAACACGGAGGUGAAUUCUGAACAAUCGGCUGCACUGAAGAAGGUUCGUCUGUGGAGCUCUGCGUCCACACAGCCUCACAAACCUGUAGCAGAUUGGAAAUGUUUACACUUAAUAUUUGGGAUUUGCUUUUCCUUUCGGCACUAAACUUUGUGCUGUUUUUGUACUUUCUUGUAAAAGUUUGUCCGCUGUAUAUUUUCUUUUUUUGGGUGUGCACUUGUAGCGAAGAGGAACAGUUCUUACCAGGAAGUGUCCUGUCACCAGCACUGAUCGAAAACGGACCGCUGAGACGAUUCUGAACGAGCUUUUCUACAACGUCACGAUCAGAAAUGGCUCUGAGGGGCGGAGUAUCUGAGCCGGAGGAGCGUGUGCAUGUGUGAGAGUUCGACUUUGGCGUUAGCGGACUCCUCUUCAGCCCCGCCUCUCCUGAGUUCAGUGACAUGCAUGAGAAGAAACACUUUCUAAUACUGAUGCCUUUCCUUCGAAAACCGUUUGGGUUAAAUUUGUCACGAUUCUCGCUAAACUCAGAGGAAGACAUGAGAAUGUUUUUUACAGAUUGUUUUCUAUACAGAGAAAGAUAUUUACUGACGUGUUUCCUGAAAGCUGUCGAAAACUCAUUUUUAAAGGAACACCAAGGAGAAAUUGUAAAUGAUCAAAAAAUUAAGGAAACUGUUUUUGUAUUUGAUUUGAUUGUUUAUGUUUAUUUUUGUUGUAAGAUAGUUUUCUAUGGUUCUGCUGGGCUUCUGGGAAUGUACCACAUUUAAGGAGGUGAGCGGGUCGGAGCCCCGGGCUCGGACCGCCGGAGGGGAACUGUUCUCUGUGUCUGGACUGAAUGCAUUAUAGAUGUCAAACCAAAAAUAUAUUUGAGAAACACGCUUCUGGUUUUGUG